GAGCAAAGCAAGCAAAGACUACUGCACUGCUCUACUACUGCUCUCUCUCUCUCUACUAUCUGACACGGGAUAAACGAAGCUUUCUAGAGAGAGAGAUAGAGGGGGGAAUCGAAGCCUAACCGUCUCAGAUAUUCUGUUUCUGUUAUUUUUCCGGCAAAGAUGAUAGCUUACCUGGAGUGCUUCGUCUCCGAAUCGAGGCCUGACGACGGCGUUUCGAGCCUCUCCAAGGCGCUGGGCCUCCAGGGCACCGUCGCCGACUUUGGCGGCGAAGCCGGCAGAGACUUCGGCGGAAUGAAGUCGUUCCCGCCGCUGGCUUUCAUCAGGCCGGCCGGCGCCGACGACGUGGCGAGGGUGGUGAAGGCGGCGGCGAGGUCCUCGAAUCUGACGGUGGCGGCGCGGGGGAACGGCCACUCGAUCAACGGCCAGGCGAUGGCGGAUCGAGGCCUCGUCCUGGACAUGCGUUCGUUGGCGGAGCAUUUCCGGGUUGUGAGGGCCAGCGACGGUUCCGUAUACGCUGACGUGUCGGGAGGGGCAUUAUGGGAAGACGUGCUGAAACGGUGCGUUUUCGAGUACCGGAUGACGCCGCGGUCGUGGACUGAUUACUUGAGCUUAACGGUGGGCGGGACGUUGUCCAACGCGGGCGUCAGCGGUCAGGCUUUCCGUUACGGUCCACAAACGUCGAACGUUACGGAGUUAGAAGUCGUUACGGGGAAGGGAGAAAUUUUUAACUGCUCCGAAACGGAAAACUCGGAGCUGUUUUUCGGCGCACUCGGCGGACUCGGUCAGUUCGGUAUCAUCACCAGAGCUAGGGUUCUUCUGCAACCUUCCCCGGACAUGGUGAGAUGGAUAAGGUUGGUGUACACCGAGUUUGACGACUUCACUCGGGACGCCGAGUUGCUGGUGACUCGGCACGACGACGGCGGCGACUCGUUUGACUACGUGGAAGGCUUCGCAUUCGUCAACAGCAACAACCCGGCGGACGGGCGUCCCUCGGUGCCGCUGGAUCCGCAGGAGACAUUCGACCCGGGCCAUCUCCCCCCAACGUCCGGGCCAAUCCUCUACUGCCUCGAACUCGCUCAUCACUACCGCAACACCGACCGCCCCUCAACUGUCGAUACGGGCGUGAACGGAUUGCUUGGAGGCCUCGGAUUCGUUGAGGAGCUGAAGUUCCAACUGGACCUCAGCUACGUCGAGUUUUUAUUGCGUGUGAAGCGCGCAGAGGAACACGCCAAGGCGAAUGGAAUAUGGGACGCUCCUCACCCUUGGUUGAAUAUGUUUGUGUCGAAAUCAGAUAUUGCUGAUUUCGAUCGGACGGUGUUUAAGAAGAUCCUCAAGGAUGGGAUCGGAGGGCCCAUGCUUGUCUACCCUCUCCGGCGAAGCAAGUGGGAUACUCGUACAUCUGUGGUGCUACCAGAAAGCGAAAUCUUCUACAUAGUGGCAUUGCUACGCUUCACUCCACCAUACCCAAAAGGCCCCUCCGCCGAGAAUCUGGUGGCCCAAAACCAAGAAAUAAUACAAUACUGCACCAGAAAAGGGUUCGAUUUCAAGCUGUAUCUGCCUCACUAUCGAUCCCAGGAGGAUUGGAAGCGACAUUUCGGAAGUGAUCAAUGGUCAAGAUUCGUGGAGCGGAAGACGUGCUUCGAUCCAAUGGCCAUCCUUGCUCCUGGACAGAAAAUCUUCUCGAGGGUUCCUCAACCCUAGCUUUAGUUGAAUAAAUAGUCAUUGUCGAUGGUUCAGUCCAAUGUAAUUUUGUUGUCAUCUAUUUUUCUUUUUUCUUAUUGGCUUGAUUAGUUUCUACUGGUGGGUCAGCACCCUUGUUGUCAAUCGACAAUCGACAAAGAAUCUGUUGGAGCAAUUUAAUGUAAAGAAAUAGUUUUGAACAAAAAAUUUUGGUCAUC